AUGAUGUGGGGUAAAAAGGUCCGGUUGGUCCUUUUUACCCCAACCAUGUCCAUCAAAUACAUUUGUAAAUACAUAAAUAAAGGAUCGGACCAAGCUACAUUUGGCGUCAGGAACCCAAAUGAUGAAGUGGAAAACUACGUGAAUAGCGAAUUUCCGAUUCAUGAGCGCCAUCCUACAGUCUUACAGUUAGCUGUCCACUUAGAAAAUGGGAAAAGGGUGUAUUUCACCGCAGAAACGGCUGAACAAGUGGCCCGAAAUCCACGCAAAACAACUUUGCUUGCUUUCUUUGAGCUCUGUAAUGAAGGUGAAUUCGCAAAAACACUGCUAUACCACGAAUUCCCGCAAUAUUUCACAUGGGCUAAUAAUAAGUUUACAAGAAGGAAGCGUGGUGAGAACGUAGUUGGCCAUCCAGGAAUAAAAAAAGAUGCUGCUUUAGGAAGAGUCUAUGGUGUUCAUGCUUCUCAAUCUGUGUGUUUUUAUUUUAGGAUGUUGAUGCAUCACGUACGCGGUCCAACUUCAUUUCAGCACUUGAAAACUGUGGACGGAGUUCUUAAAGAGACCUAUCAAGCUGCUUGCCGUGAUAGAGGUUUGCUAGAAAACGAUGACCAUUGGGAAAAUACUCUACGAGAAGCAUCGCUUUUGCAAUGUCCAAUACAAGUAAGAGAGUUGUUUUUGGUCAUACUUUUAUUUUGUCAGCCAUCGGAGCCAUUCAAAUUGUGGGACAGUUUCAAAGAUGAUUUGUGUGAAGAUGUUAGACACAGAAUCAGAAAGGAAAAUCAAGACUUCGCGUUACCAUACAAUGAGAAUAUUUAUAACGAAGGUUUGAUACAAAUAGAAAAUAGAUUGUUGCAAUUAAAUGACAAAAGUCGUAGUAAUUUUGGAUUAUCUUCUUCAGUUCGUACACAAAACAAUGUUGCAGAUACAAUGGCACAUCACUACGAUACAAAUGAUUUGACCCUUUUCGUCAAUGAAAACCUACCAAAAUUAGUCCCAGAUCAAAAACAUGCUUUUGAGACUAUAGUCGACUGUUUGAAUAAUGACAAACGAAAAAUAUUUUUCUUGGAUGCGCCAGGCGGAACAGGAAAAACGUUUCUUGCUAAGGUCAGAGAAUCAGGGAAAAUAGCAAUAGCAGUUGCUUCCUCCGGAAUUGCUGCAACUCUCUUGAGAGGUGGAAAAACUGCUCAUUCUACUUUUAAACUUCCGCUAUCUGUAAAUCUUGAGCAACAAUCUACAUGUUCUAUCCGCAAAAACGGGCCUCUAGGUAAAUUACUACAAGACAACUCAUUAGUUAUGUGGGACGAAUGCAUGAUGAGCCAUAGAGCACAUAUAGAGGUCGUGAACAGAACCUUAAAAGACCUCAGGAACUCCUCUGCAGUCAUGGGCGGGAUUACUUUUGUAUUUGCUGGAUAUUUCCGACAGACUCUCCCCGUUAUUAACAGAGGUACGCGAGCAGAUAUCAUCAAAGCAUGCAUGAAAUCGUCUCCCAUAUGGACUUCGAUUGAAACAUUAAAAUAA